AUGGCACGAAAAGGCUCUAAGAAGGUCAGGACAGGGUGCAUCACCUGCAAGGUCCGCAAGAUCAAAUGCGACGAAACGAAACCCUCUUGCCAACGUUGCACAAGCACUGGCCGCAUUUGCGACGGUUAUUCACCUUGGGGUCAGGCCACUCCGGCGACUCAUCUGACUGUGAUCUAUAAGCGCUCGGGGACGACGACGGAAGAACAGAGGGGACUACAGUACUUUUGCGAAGUAGCCGCCCCAUGCCUACUGGGCCCAAAAAACCCCUAUUUCUGGACGCACCUGGUGAUGCAGCUCAGUGAGUCGGAGCCGGUAGUGAAGCAUUCACUGCUGGCGAUCAGCUCUCUCUACGAGAAUAGGGAGGUCCAAAGGAUAUCGCCAGCUCCGCCCAACCUUGCAUUGCGGCAUUAUAACGCCGCAAUCCGAGAGCUCAAAACCACGCAGAGCGAUGUCUUGGCACUGGUAGGGUGUGUUUCGUUCACCUGCAUAGAACUUCUGCGAUCGAACUACAGAAUAGCUAUAUGGCAUUGUACCAACGGUCUCGCCAUCCUGGAACAUUGCAACAGCCUAUGGGCUCGGGAGCACCUGGAUCCCAUAUUCCGACGGAUCAGAAUCUUGCCUCUGCUCUUUAGCAGUGAUUCUACAGAACCUAGUCGCCCUAUGGUCUUGGGGUUUGUGACACCAUCAAAGUUUAACAGUCUGGAUGAUGCGCAGCUGAUGACGAACGAAAUCAUCAACCGAUUAAAGCGGCUUUGUUCUCUGAAGAAACAAGGGUUGCAAUUCGACCAGGACAUGGAACUGGAGUACAUCAAGUCAUUGCUGGAAAGAUGGCAGUUCUUGAUAAAGGGCAUUCAUGUCCAUGCAGCGCUGCAAGUAGAUAGUGCUUACAACGCGCAAUACGCCUCAGCAUUGAUGGACUUCCAAUUAUGCCAAGCUUGUUUCAACUUUUUAUUCUACAGCAGCAUGGGAGACGACAAAAGCGCAAAGGCCUCUUGUGAUAUGGUCAAAUCGGCUCUAUCUUUUGGUGAGCUGCACACGCUGCAAUCCACAUGGUUUCUCUCCGAAUUAGGCCUCGCCCGUCCUGUAAACCGCAGCGACGGGAUGCAGCUGUCUGGAACAACGAUUAACGGUGCUUCUACCGCUGACUACACCGGGUAUUACGGCAGAGGUGAUUCUAGGCACCCAGCUUAUGCAUACUACGGCUUGGAGGCCGCGUCUGAGUUGAGGUAG